GCUGAACCCGCACCACACCGCGCUGGAGGGCUGUCGGCACCGGGCGCUGGGACCGAGUGUGAUCGGGGCGCGUCACUUCAUCCGAACCCCUCCGAGACUAAGAGAAGAAGAAACAGACCCCGUGGGGGGGGGGCCCGAACAGCACGGAGCAGGCGCGGGGGGCACAUGGAAACGCCAUGUAGCUGGAAACACGGCGGUGGACUUUCUCACAGUUUCGCUCGAGAGGGGGCAAAGUGAGCGGCGAGAUGAACGUGCUCAGCCCGAUGCCGGCCUCCCUGCUGCCUCUUCUCCUUCUCUGUCGGAUUUCCUUCUGCCAGUACUCGAGCGACCAGUGCAGCUGGAAGGGCAGCGGCCUGACUCAUGAAGGCCACGCCAGGGACGUGGAGCAGGUGUACCUACGUUGCUCGCAAGGAUCUCUGGAGUGGCUCUAUCCCACCGGGGCCAUCAUCGUGAACCUCCGACCCAACACGGCUUCCCCUGCCGCCGCUCGCCUCUCUGUCUGCAUCAAACCUACCACAGACUCCAGCGGCACCAACAUCUACCUGGACCGCAACGGCAAGCUGCGGUUGCUCUUGCGCGAGCGGGACCAGGCUCGGGGCAAGGUGCACUGCUUCAGCAUCCAGGAGGGGGCGCUCUUCAUCGAGGCCGUGCCACGCACGGACAUCAGCCGGCGGAUCACAGCCUUCCAGUACGAGCUGGUCAGCGACAGGCUGGGCGCAAAAGCACACUCGCUGGGUGCACCCUGUCAGCCCUGCAGCGACGCUGAGAUGCUUUUAGCAGUCUGCACCAAUGACUUUGUCGCUCGGGGCAGCAUUAAGAAGGUGGAGCAGGAGGAGGAGCACUCAUCUGUCAGCGUGGAGAUCAGUCGCCUCUACAGACAGAAGACCCAGGUCUUUGUAUCUGGUGGUGUGAGGGUACGGAGCUGGACUGGCCGCAUCAAGAUGCCGCCGCAGUGUGGGGUGAGGUCUGGUGAGGGUGAGUUCCUCUUCACUGGGACCGUGAGGUUUGGGGAGGCCUGGAUGGGCUGCGCCCCACGCUACAAAGAUUUCCUGCGGUUUUAUCAUGAGGCGCAGCAGCAGGGGACCAACCCCUGUCACGUGGACACUGAUUGACUGGGUUACCUGCCCAAACUUGGAAAUAGACUAGAAUAGAACAAGUCCUCACUGGGUGGGGACGAGAGCUGAACCAAGAGCUCAUGCUGAGGAGAGAAAAGACUGACAGACUGGCCCGGUGGCAGCGCCUCUCUCCUCCCUUGCUGUCUUGCGACUCUUUGGAGACAAUGAAUGGAGCUCCUGAAUGUUGCCAAGCAGCAUGUUCGUUGGACUCUGUUCUCAAAGUUGAACAUGAUGCAAAGUGGGAUGUGUACGGACUGCCUUUUCUCGCAGACAAGGAACUCCCAGGUUUUAAAAUGUAGCAGACCCCGUUUGUUUUUUUAUGUGUAUAAAAUGUGAAUGAACAUUGUAUAUUUUGAAGCUCUGCGUGCUUUGUAAAAAGCUUGAUGUACAGUUCUGAAGUUAUUUCUUAUGACAGAAAUGUAUAAAGUGAAAGCCUCUUAUUUUUAUUUUGUUUAAAAAACGAUUCACAAUUUAAUGCCUGAGUCCAUUUGCCUUUCAGGCUGUACAAUUGUAAAAAAUGAAAAAAAAAAAAAAAAAUUAAGCCAAAAAAAGCAAAAUCUCUUUUUUUGCUCUUGAGAAUAAAAGCUUUUAUUCCAUGGAAGAGCAUUCAUGUCUGUGGUGUUUACACUGAGAAGAAGUAAUUGACUAAAUCUUCAGUGGGCAAAUAAAUUAUAACUUUGAAAGACCACUGUUUGGGGAUUUUUGCUAGUGACUAUGCAGUGUGCAUAAUAGACAUUUUUUUUUUUAUACAAGGAACCAUUUUUAGAGCUGAAUCAAGUAGUCGAUCAACAAAAAACUAAUCAACUAUUUUGAUAAUCGAUGAAUCCGUUAAGCCCUUUUUUUUUUUUUUUUUUUUUUGAGCAAAAAAGCCAAGAUUAUGCAUUUGUAGCUUUUUCUAAUGUGAGGAUUUGCUGCUUUGCUAUGUUUUAUAUCAUUGUAAACACACUUCAGAGGUGAAGAGGUCAUCUUGGGCUCUGGGGACCUGUGACUGACCCUUUUGACUAUUUGUUGACAAUUUAGAGACCAGGGGAUUAAUCUGUAAAUUUUGAAAAUAAUUGGCAGAUAAACUGAUAAUGAAAAUACUUGUUAAUUACAGACCUGAUUAUAUUAAAAUUAUAUAACUAUAUAAUAUGUAAUUAAAAGAAAUAAUUUUGACACAGUAAAGCUAUAAACCCAAGCUUAACAUUUUACAUUUUGGUGUAGAUGAACAUAUCGGAUAAUUUCGGAUCUGAUAUAUUAUUCACAGUAGUGCUAAUAGGUUUUUUUUCCCCCCCAUAUUUCCUGGCCUAAAUGAAAGCCCAUCAUAUGACGUGCAUUAUCCUCCUCUCCAAGGUUCACCCCAAACUCGAGCUGGGACCGUCUGCCAGGGGUAAAGAGAGAUUGAUAUCAGGGAGUUGGGUUGGAUUCCUCUGCGCUGGUUCCUGUGGUGAUGGGGGUGGCCACGUGUCAAGGUCAAUGUGAAAGGCCUCUUUGUUCCAGCGCAGCAGCCUGGUAUGAGAGAGAGGACUGAAGACAGACCUGAAUACAGCCCUGUGACUGGGCACACAGCAGAAAGCAGCACUCUCCAACCACACUCCAAAUUUUGAUUGGCACACACAAUUCUGGUCUAGCCUCCUGUUUAAAUUAAAGCUUUUCAUUUUCAUCACCUCAAAUAAAACACAAGGAACCAAUCAGGUUAUAGGAGCCUGUAGUUGGGCUACCACACCAGAUGAUGCUGCCUGCGAGCCAGGCUCGUUAAGAUGACAUCCAGUUCAAGGCUCUUUUUGUCUGCCUUUUCACUUAAACGGAAAUUCACCCCACAAUGUCUUUCAAUAAGUUGCCCCGCAUAGACAAUCUCUUUUCGCAGACAGCGCUGUGCGUUGAAUUGAACGUGUGAAUUCCAGCUGAAAGCCAGUGGUCUCAGAAUUGCUCACUGGGAAAUGCAAACAGAGUUUCUAUGGCAACGAUGCCUUACCGACAACCUUCUCGCUCUGGCUUUAAGGCUCCGAGCCUCGGAGGAGGAGGAGGAAGAGGGUCAGUGGGCAUUGAUUGGCUGUCGGGUUUUCGUUGGUCCAGCUGUCCUGGUAGUCAGACCCCCCUCUCUUCUUCCUGUCUGGCCAGCAAGCCUUGCUCUGCUUGGAUCAUGUAGCGAACAGCAGCUGCUGGUAACAGACGCACAAAGUCUUCAGGUGAUUCCACUGCGCACAUAAUCAAUAUCUGCAUCACUGUCCAAAGCGUGUGCCAAGUGUGUUGAUGGUGUGCGCUGUCCUCCAUCUUAUUCAGUGCAUGUAAGCUUUUUCCACCCCAAACUGUAAUUACCAGAGUUUAUUGAGGAUUCUUUCAUUAGCACUGAUUGUUAACAGGAGCAGCGUUUAUCUUCUAGCUCUCAUAAAGGUUUAUUUUCAGUAGAGCUGCAACGAUUAGUCAAUGAAUCAAUUAGUCAGCCAACAGAAUUUUCAACUAUUUUGAUAAUGAAUGUAUCAUUUAAACACAGAUUCCAGCUUUACAAAUGUAAGAAUUGGCUUUUUCUCGUCUUUUACAAUAUAGUAAAUUGAAAAUCUUUUGGUUUUGGACUUGGUUUCACAAAAGACAUUCUAUGAUAUCUCCUUGAGCUAUGGGAAACUGUGCUGGGCAUUCUUCGCUGUUUACUGUUGUUUUAAAGACCAAACAAUUAAGCAAUUAAAAAAAUGAUAAGCCAGAGCGCUGCAUUAUCAGUGAAUACUUGCAAAUAAAGCAUUAGCAUUGGUUGAAGACCUCUGCAAUUCAGCUAAUGCUAAUAAUCGUAAUAUAAACCUCUGCUAGUUGUUGGUGUCACUAAAG